GGCACAGUGACACACACACAGCUUCCCCUCCGACAGCAGACAUGGCCCAGGCUGCACAGAUAAACGUCCUCGAUAUCAGCACUCGUCUACGGGUGGAGCACGACAAGAAGAGACGACAAUUCAGCAUCCGUUUGAACGGCUCCCAUGACAAGGCUGUGCUGCUGUAUGAAUAUGUGGGCAAGAAGACGGUGGAUUUGCAGCACACGGAGGUCCCUGAAGCUUACAGAGGACGAGAGAUCGCCAAACACCUGGCCAAGGCUGCAAUGGAUUUUGUGGUUGAGGAGGACCUAAAGGCCCAUUUAACCUGCUGGUACAUCCAGAAAUUCGUCAAGGAAAAUCCUCACCCCCAAUACUUGGAGCGCAUCCUCCACUGAACACGUCGAGGAUCUCUCUCUCGAUUCUUAACAGGAUGAAUUGGGAUUGGGUGGGAUGGGUAUCUGUUGGGUGUCCCUAAUCUGUCUUGAAACUCCACAAAAGAAAGAGAUUUAUUUUUUGUGUGUGUUUGCGAGAGUGAAUGUGACUGAAGGAGGGGAAAAGAUCUGACUACAAAGCUGUGUAAACGUUUUUCUUAGGAAAGAGGAGCGUGUGGAAUUUGAGGUGGGUUUUUGACUCCCAGUUACUCAAGCGGACUUUAAAGCCAAUCCACAGAAGUGAGAGGAUUUUGACCGCCGCUAUGAACUCACAAAUAUCAGCGGUUAAGAGUGACAUUAGACUCCGUAUGCCUUUCUGGCUUCGCGCCUUCAGAUUCAAUGGUGCUGAUAAGAGAGAUACACACAAUUAUGAUACACCUUCAUGCACACUCAGCCUGGAGUUUUAGGGACGCCACAAUCAAACCGUCCCACUGUUGAAUUCUGUGCGUGAUCUAUGCUGUGUAUCUGUGUGUACUAAUGCCAGUGAAGAGCUCGGGCUCUGGAGACAAUCGCCUGCCCAUAUAUUCGCGGGACUGAACCUCUCAGGAUGCACACUUUAUAAACAACAAAAACGCACCUCUGAAUAGAGCAAAGAUUCUCAGAUCUGAUACUUGAGAUCCACUUGUCCUCCAACUCUGAUCCAACACCUGAAUCAGCUGAUAAAGGCCUUCAGGAUUACUGUACACAUUCAAGCAAGUUAAGGGGGUAGUUCACCCUAAAAUUAAAAUUAGCGCAUGAUUUACUCGCCCUCAAGGCA